AUGGUGAAAGGCCGAGGCAGUCGGAACGAAGAAAUACAGGAUGGGACCCCAGCUCUAGCCGAGUUGGAAAUACCCUCCUCAGUGAACAAUGCUGGGAUUUCAGGUCCACCUUGUUCAGAUAUACGUAAUUUUCAACUCUCAGAGUUCGAAAAAGUGUUUGAUGUAAACGUGAAAGGUGUUUUUCUGGGAAUGAAAUAUGCGGCUGGUAUCAUGAUUCCGCUCAAGAAGGGCUCGAUUGUUUCUCUUAGCAGUGUUGCGAGUGCAAUUGCCGGUGCAGGAACUCAUGCAUAUGUAGGAUCCAAGCAUGCUAUUGCAGGGCUCACCAAGAAUGCAGCUGCAGAGUUGGGGAAGCAUAACAUAAGGGUGAACUGCGUAUCUCCUUAUGCUGUUGCGACACCCUUGGCUUUUGCUUAUGUUCCUGAAGAUGAACGGACUGAAGAGGCCAUCGAUGGUUUUCGAUCGUUUGUUGGGAGGAAUGCUAACUUGCAAGGUGUAGAAUUGACUGCAGAUGAUGUUGCCAAUGCUGUACUCUUUUUGGCAAGUGAUGAAGCAAGGUAUGUAAGCGGGGCCAAUCUCAUGGUUGAUGGAGGCUUCUCCUGUGUGAAUCACUCUCUUCGUGCUUUUAGAUGA